AGAUGAUUGGAGAGAGUGUCCCCGGCGCCCUUUGCGGUGCGCACGCUGCAGAAAGAGGAGACAGUCGGUGUUUCCUUCCUACCGCCUUUUCGAGUCGCCGAUAUGGCCAUGUUUCCCGCGGCAGGACUCGGUACCGCUCUCCGACUGUUACUGCGGCAGCAUCAGUCACAAGCCUGUGCUGUCCGGAUGCUGAAGACCACAUGCUCAAAGUGUAGUGAAGUCUUGGCAAGCCCCCGUAUGGAUGAUGCCCCCAAAGAAUAUUCACCCAAGAUUCAGCAGCUAGUUCAGGACAUUGCUAGCCUGACUCUACUGGAGAUCUCUGACCUCAAUGAGUUGCUAAAGAAAACUCUCAAGAUCCAAGAUAUGGGACUUAUGCCAAUGGCUGGGAUGAUGCCAGCAGCACAGUUAGCAGCACCAGCAGCAGAAGAAGAAGCUGUUGAAAAAGUAGAAAAGCUCAAUUUCACAGUACGGUUGACUGGGUUUAAAGCUGAAGACAAGGUGAAAGUUAUCAAGGAAGUAAAGAACCAUGUGGAGAACAUAAACCUUGUCCAGGCAAAGAAGUUGGUGGAAUCUCUUCCUCAAGAGAUCAAAGUAAAUGUUCGUAAAGAAGAAGCAGAGAAGAUUAAAUCAGCUCUAGAGGCCGCUGGAGGCACAGUAGUUGUGGAUUAAAGAGGCUGCCGGGCUGCCUGCCAAAGGACUUCAAGCAGAGCGGCGGAAGGACCCUCUGACCUGUGUCGGCCACCCCUGCUGACUGGUGGUGGAGUACUGUGAGGUUCCAGGAAAGUUGCUCUGCCCCGUUUUUUCUGCUGUGCAGUUUCCCACGGGGAUGACUCAGUGUGGAAUAAGAAUCUUCAGCACAUCUUGCAGUCUGCUGUGGGGUUAAAAACCUGAAUUCAUAAAGAAUACACAUGAUGGAUAACACCUGUAAAACAA